AUGAACAUCACCACAAGCUUUUUGUUCUCUGUGCCGAUAGAGCUCGGAAAUACUUUCGGUAAUGAUUCAAUAGCUUCCAGUAUGCCAACCAGUGCCACCUUCGAGAGACCCUAUUCCAGUAUAUCUACCGUAACAAUCAGACCAACAACCACACAAACCAUCACUGUCUUUGUUACCGAAAUUCCUAUUUUCAACCCCACUACAAUAAAUUCCAAUCUUAUUACAACUACACAAUUGUACGAAAUAAUUACUGUGGUAGAGACGAUGACUGUUGAAGAUCGUCGUUCAUUGAUGACCACAUCUACGCCUUCCCCUAAUGUCGCUACCACCACGAUCACCAGCGAUGCCAUGCCGAAAUCACAAAAUUUCACAAUUAUACCUCUUAGAUCAGGCCUUGAAGGCGAAGGCGGUCAAACACCAAUACCAGCCACAUCUACUAUGGCGACUACACCAACCUCGACAGAAGUUACAUCCCCUGGGACCAUCCCCGCAGUGUCUCCCGUGACUUUGUCAGAAACAAGCACAAUAGCAAUGACUAUGCCGUCGUCAGGCUUUACAACGCUAUCAACUUCCCUGUCGCACUCAUCAGGGUAUCGACUUUCAACUACGACAACAACAGAUGCACCGGCUCCCCUAGUUAACCCUCAAGGGCCAACAACGGUGAGAACAUCACUGUCUGAGCACAUACCCAGUCCAUCUUCAGGAGGCAUGAAUGCAGGAGCUCCGCUCUUGAAUCCUUCACCAGACCACAGCGGCACCAUGAGUUUACUUUCAAUGUCAAGUAAGUCAGAGCCAAUCAAGUCAGCAUUUUCUCCAACAGCUCUGGAAGUUAUUCCAAUACACUCUUCAUUUCUAAAGAACAUACACGUGUCAAGCGACUCAAGAAUUAUUAAAAGACAGACAAGUUUGAUUGAGCCGGCGACGCCAGAUAUCCCGCACUGGCUGCCAACAACCUUCAGGACUUCUACUAGGAUGAGUUAG